GUGUGUGUGUGUGUGUGUGAGAGAGAGAGAGAGAGAGAGAGAGAGAGAGAGGUAGCUAUAGAAGACAGAUAGUGAAAAGAACAACAGAAAAAAGACUGAUGGAGAAAAAGAGAGAGUGUGGACAAUGUGGACAAAUAAAGAAAGAGGAAAAGAUAGGAGAGAGAGUGAAAAACACUUUCCAAGAGAGAACUGAAGAGAGAGAGAGAGAGAGAACUGAAGAAAGAGAGAGAGAGCGAGAGACAGAGGGAGAGACACAGAGAGAGAGAGAGAGAGAGAGAGAGAGAGAGAGAGAAAGUAAAAAAGAAAGUGUAAAAGGAUAAAGGGAGAGAUAGAAGGGAGAUGGUGACCCAAAGGAAAGUGAUGAAUGACAUGAAGAAAGAAAAGUGAAAAAGAAAGAGAGAUAAAGAGAGAGAGAGAGAGAGAGAGAGGAAGGACGCUGACUGAGAGACAGACAGGUAGAGAGAGAGACCGUGAGUGAGUGCAUUAGCUGUAGUGGCUUUGAUCAGCGUGUGUGUGUGUGUGUGUGUGUGUGUGUCAUGGCCUCUCCAGCCAGCUGUGAGGGGACUGCCUUGUGGGGGAGGGGCUGGGUGUGUGUGUGAGUGUGUGAGUGUGUGUGUGACGGUGUGACGGUUCGAGUGCGUGCACAUCUUCUGAGCAGUUUUUGCGCGAGCGCAGGAGGAGUGAGGAGAGAGAGAGCGCGCGCGAGCGAGACUGCUGAGUGUGUGCAGCGCGAGCGCGAGCUUUUGUCGGGAGUCGCGUGUGUGUGUAAGGGAGUGUGUGUGUGUGUGUGUGUCGCGCGCAGUAGAACUUGUAGAGACAGGAGCAGGAAAUGGCAGAGCGCGCGGAGGCUGCAGUGUGAGCACCAUGUCUCAGGCGAUUUGCUGCACGCUGGUGAACUGUACCUGCGACAGUUUCAGACCCGGAAAGCUGAAACGUCGUCAGUGUGAGAACUGCAGGCACGGAUGGGUCGCUCACGCUCUAAGCAAGCUGAAGAUGCAGCACACGUAUGACGGAGGCCAGGUGGAGAUCGUUCACUCCAACGUGGUGUUUGAUAUCUGCAGUUUGAUGCUGUACGGUACGCAGGCCAUCCCGGUGCGGCUGAAGAUCCUGCUCGAUCGACUCUUCAGCGUCCUGAAGCAGGACGAAGUCAUCAAAAUCCUCAACGCGCUCGACUGGACGCUGCAGGACUACAUACGAGGAUACGUCCUGCAGGAUGUGGCUGGCAAAGUGCUGGACCGCUGGGCCAUCAUGACCUUCGAGGAGGAAAUUGCGACACUGCAGCAGUUCCUCCGCUUCGGAGAGACUAAAUCUAUCGUGGAGCUGAUGGCACUGCAGGACAAAGAAGGGCAAGCGAUCAUCGUGCCGACAGUUAGAGCAAACUCGGACAUCCGUAGCUUCAUAGAGAGCAGCACGCAACGUCCAUCUGUGGCAGCCACAACGGAGCCUCUGAGCAGAAACAAUGGCCACCACUUUGAGAGUUUGGUCAACAACAUGACCUUCAUGCUGCCCCUGCAGUUGCUUAACUCUGUUCCUGCACCACUGCUCAGGUCCAGAGCAGAUUCCCGACAGCAGGAGGUUCCAACACGACCCGAAAUUCUGGAUUCAAACCUUGACACCUCCUCUCACCUCACCUCUGAUGCAGAUAGAGAAGAUGCACCCAUGGAGAGAGUAAGCACCAAUUUAGAAUCAGAUGAUUUCACGCUGAGCGAUAACUAUUCCUCACCCUCGACACCUUGCACACCGUCGAUCAGCUCGGAUAUCGCACAAGCGUCGCCGGAGUCGAAAAUCCGUCUAGGAGUUGGGAUGAAAAAAGGCCGUGUUUUCUGCAGUGCCUGCGAGAAAACCUUUUAUGACAAAGGAACGCUGAAGAUCCAUUACAAUGCUGUUCACCUCAAGAUCAAGCACAAGUGCACUAUCGAGGGAUGCAACAUGGUCUUCAGUUCGUUGAGAAGCCGCAACCGGCACAGCGCCAACCCGAACCCGCGCCUGCACAUGCCCAUGAAUCGAAACAGUCGGGACAGGGAUGUCAGGGAUGGACUGAGUGCGGGGGAAGAGGCAGAAAAGCGGGACCUCAGCAGGCCUGUCUCCAGCUACAUCAGCAAUUCUGAGCCCAAACUGCACAGCUCCUUUUCAAGCAUCAGCCACAGCGGGAUUGUCUUCCCCAACCUGAAGACUGUGCAGCCAGUGCUGCCUUUCUACCGCAGCCUGGUGACGCCUGCUGAGCUUGCCAACACACCUGGAAAUCUGCCCUCCCUGCCCCUACUGUCUUCUUCUUCCGUGCCUGUAAGCAUAGGAGACAUGGAGAGCAACCCAGAGCCCGUGCCCAAGAAGAAGUCCCGUAAAUCCAGCAUGCCCAUAAAGAUAGAGAAAGACGAGCUGGAAGAGCGAAGCAGCUCCAAUGAUGAUGACGACGAUCCUCCUGCCAGUAUGAACUCUGGGAUGGACUGUGUGGUCAAGACAGAAUGUGAUGAGCAUGGUGUUGUUCAUCCCUCAAUCCAUCCCUCCAUCCUCACCCAUUCUUCCCAUACAGAACAACCAGAAACAGAGGGCAAACACCAAACCCAGGGGUGCAGUCUCACACACUCCCUUUCAUCCUUCAGCAACAUGCAAAGAAAUUUACUUGAUUUUGGGGACCAAACCUGCAGUGAAGGCUUGGAUCUAAGACCCACUGACCAAGUGGCACUAAGCAGCACGCCCUGCGGGUCAGAGGUCCACACAGACGGCGAUGGUGUCCAACAGAUAGUGUGUGCAGAUGAUGAAGACGAGCUUCUCCAUCAGUGUGAGAGUUGCAAUAAGACCUUUAAAAACUCCUACAGCGCCAAAAUGCAUUACCGCAGCGUCCACUUGAAGGAGAUGCACAUGUGCACCGUAGCAGGCUGCAAUGCUGCGUUCCCAUCCCGCAGGAGCAGAGACAGACACAGUGCAAAUUUAAAUUUACACCACAAGCUGUUGACCAAAGAUCACUACAUCUUCACUCCGUCCUGCAGGGACGUCACUACGGAUUCUCACCCUGAAUUCCCUCCUAAAGAUCCUCUGAGCCAGACGUCUGUUAUCUUCAAGGGAACAAACCGUACGGGCCUCGUGUUUCCGAUGAGCAAAUCCUCAGAGAGCGUAGAGGAUCUGGUGGAGGACGAGGCGGUGUUGGACCUAAGCACCAGAGGAAGUGGUCACUCUUCUUCCUGGGACUCAGAUGCGUGCAGCGAGGAGGAGCUCCCCCUGGAGGACAGCGAUGAGAACGAGAGUUGUGAUGGGUUGAAUCCCAGUGCGGUCAGUCUCGGGCCGCAGGCCAACAACUCCUCCACACCCAUCACCUGCCACGUCUGCCAGAAGGUUUACAGCAACAAGGGCACAUUCAGGGCUCACUACAAAACUGUGCACCUUCGGCUCCUGCACAAGUGCAAGGUACCAGGGUGUGACACCACGUUCUCCUCCGUCAGGAGCCGCAACCGACACAGCCAGAACCCGAAUUUACACCGGAACCUUCCGACAAACAACACCACCGUCACUCAGGAGUAG